GGGAAAACUGUGAAAGGAGAAGGGGGAGCUCGAGGGUGAAGAGGGGAAGAGAGGAGGGGACGACGCGGCUGGGUCCUUCCCGCCGUCACCGUUGUCGUUGAGGCGCCGGAGGAGAGAGAGAUUUGCUUUGCAGAGGCGUUGAGGGAGAGAGGGAGCCGCGCUCUGCUGCCGAUCCGCCACCGAACUGCCGCACGCGGGGAGCCAUUGCCAUCGCGAGCUGUAGCGCCGCACAGUCUAGCCACCGUGACCUCCGUAGAGCCACCGUCGUUGCGCUGUUCCGCCGUCACCGUUGUUGUCCUAGAGCUCGUCGUCGUCAUUGAGCAGGACGGAGAUGAGAGAGAGCGCGAGCGAGAGAACAGAGAGUCUUAUUGAAGACCUCCCUUUGAAGGUGUCAAGUGUACAACCUUUAGACUCUGCUUCUAAUGAAAAUUUUGAAUCUCUGAGACUUAAUAAGUAUGUUCCAUCGUGCAUUCAACCUCUGGAAGUCAUGAUUCAGGUUCUUGCUUUCAAUGGUAAGCCUGUGAAGAAUCUGAAGGGCUUGGCCACCAUGGUUGAGAACUAUGAUGAUGAGUUUUUAAAGUUUGAUCUAGAAUACCAACAGGAUGUGACAGCAACUAAAAGAAAUGAAUUUGAGGAUUAUUUGAAGCGAGAGUUGCUCAUGGGAAUAUAUGAGAAGGGUUUUGAAAGGCCUUCUCCUAUCCAAGAAGAAAGCAUUCCAAUUGCUCUUACUGGUAGUGACAUUCUCAGAUAUCCAAUAAUAAUAAAUGACACUUUAUUUUACAAAAAUUUAUCUAUUAUUAUUAUUAUUAUUAUUAUUAUCAAUUCUAAUAAGUUAAGAUUUUGUAUGAAUUAA